UACUAGUCACACCUUCCUUCUUUCUCCAAAAUCAUGGGUGAAACACGAGAACCACCACCAUCAGCCACCACCGCCGGCGCAAACAAAAACCUCCCAUUUGUAGUCCACCUAGUCCGUGGCCGAUGGUUUUCACUUUUCGCAUCAUUUCUAGUCAUGACAGGAGCCGGAGCCACAUACCUUUUCGGUGUCUACUCAAAAGAAAUAAAAUCAUCACUAGGAUACGACCAAACAACUUUAAACCUCUUAGGAUUUUUCAAAGAUCUUGGAGCCAACGUUGGUGUGAUGUCAGGACUCAUAGCUGAAGUCACACCAACCUGGUUUGUUCUCUUACUUGGUUCUGCCCUAAACUUCACUGGCUAUUUCAUGAUAUGGUUAGCUGUCACUAACAAGAUAGCUAAACCAAAAGUUUGGCAAAUGUGUUUGUAUAUUUGUAUAGGUGCUAACUCCCAAAACUUUGCUAACACUGGUGCACUUGUCACUUCUGUAUCUAACUUCCCUGAAAGCAGGGGAGUUGUUUUGGGCUUGUUAAAAGGUUUCACUGGCUUAAGUGGUGCUAUUAUGACACAAAUUUAUCUAGCUGUUUAUGGUAACGAUUCGAAAUCAUUGAUUUUGUUAAUUGCUUGGUUGCCUGCUGCUAUCUCGGUUGUGUUUGUUUACACUAUCCGAAAAUUGGAUCUUGUAAGGCAACCAAAUGAGCUAGCUAUUUUUUACCAUUUUCUUUACGUGUCGAUUUUCUUAGCGUUGUUUAUAAUGGGGAUGACUAUUGCUCAAAAUUUGGUCACGUUUUCGAGAAUUGCUUAUGCGGGUAGUGCUUGUGUGGUGAUUGUUUUGCUCUUUGUGCCUCUUUUUAUGGCGAUUAAAGAGGAGUUGAAUUUGUUUGAGAAGAGUAAACAAAGAGUGAUUAAGGUUUCCGAGGUUAGAAUUGAGAAUGUGGGCCAUGAAGCUGAUCAGCCCGAAACUACUCGGGCUACUGAUCAGCCCAAAAAGAAAAUGUCUUGUUUUGCUAAUGUGUUUUUGAAUAAGCCUGAAAGAGGGGAAGAUUAUAAUAUCUUGCAAGCACUUUUGAGUACAGAUAUGUUGGUUCUGUUUAUUGCAACUUUUUGUGGGCUUGGGACUAGUUUAACCGCGGUAGAUAAUUUGGGUCAAAUUGGUGAAUCUUUAGGGUAUCCUACUAAAACCAUAAAAUCGUUCGUUUCGUUACUAAGUAUUUGGAAUUACUUUGGUCGGAUAUUUGCUGGAUUUGUAUCGGAAAUCUUGUUGACUAAGUAUAAGUUUCCAAGACCACUAAUGUUCACAUUAGUACUUUUUCUUUCGUGUGUUGGCCUUCUUUUGGUCGCGUUUCCAAUACCUGGGUCGGUCUACAUAGCAUCUAUAAUUAUCGGGUUCUCAUUUGGGGCACAACUGCCUUUAAUCUUCGCAAUCAUAUCCGAGCUAUUUGGGUUGAAAUACUACUCAACAUUGUUUAAUUGUGGUCAAUUGGGAAGUCCAUUAGGCUCAUACAUAUUAAAUGUAAGGGUGACCGGGCCUUUGUAUGAUCGCGAAGCAGUGAAGGAGCUCGCGAAAAAAGGGUUGGAUAGGAAAGCAGUUAAAGAGCUGGUUUGUAUGGGCACACAUUGUUAUAGGCUCUCUUUUACUAUAUUGGCUUGUGUUUGUUGCUUUGGUGCUAUAGCUUCAUUGAUUCUGGUGAUCAGAACUCGCGAGUUUUACAAAGGCGAUAUUUAUAAGAAGUUCAGAGAACGAGCUAAGGUGGUAGAGCCAGAACUCGCUCUACCACCUAAGUAAAACAAGGUAUGUUAAUUUUCCUAUUUCAAAUGAUGUACGUAGUUUUUAUGAUUAAGUGAAAACAUGUAGCAAAUGCGAAAACUCUGUAUUGACCUUUUUCUAAACAGAUAAAGACGUAUAUGUUAUUUUUGACA